GCAUAAGCAGCUACCGCAGCACCUGAGCCGCUACUGCCGCUGGCUCAGGACAGCGCUAUGGCUGAGCCUGGUCACAACCCCCAACCUUCUGCCAGAGAAGGCGGAAGAACUGAAAGGCGCACAUCCCGGCUUCUGUGGCUGUUGCUUUGGGCUGGGACCAUCUUCCAGGUGACCCUGGGAACCGGACCCGAGCUUCACGCCUGCAAAGAGUCAGAGUACCAUUUUGAAUACACAGCGUGUGACAGCACAGGUUCCAGGUGGAGGGUCGCCGUGCCACACAGCCCGGGCUUGUGCACCAGCCUCCCAGACCCCGUCAAGGGCACCGAGUGCUCUUUCUCUUGCAAUGCCGGGGAAUUUCUGGACAUGAAGGACCAGUCCUGCAAGCCGUGCGCGGAGGGCCGCUACUCCCUCGGCACUGGCAUCCGAUUUGACGAGUGGGAUGAGCUGCCUCACGGCUUUGCCAGCCUCUCGGCCAACUUGGAAGUUGAUGACAGCAUCUCAGAGUCCACCGAGAACUGCACUUCGUCCAAGUGGGUUCCGAGGGGAGACUACAUCGCCUCCAACACGGAUGAAUGCACAGCCACACUGAUGUAUGCCGUCAACCUAAAGCAGUCCGGCACAGUUAACUUCGAGUACUACUACCCGGACUCCAGCAUCAUCUUUGAGUUUUUCGUCCAGAAUGACCAGUGCCAGCCCAAUGCUGAUGACUCCAGAUGGAUGAAAACUACAGAGAAAGGAUGGGAAUUCCACAGUGUUGAGCUAAACAGAGGCAAUAAUGUCCUCUAUUGGAGAACCACGGCAUUCUCAGUGUGGUCCAAAGUGUCCAAACCCGUGCUUGUUAGAAACAUCGCCAUAACAGGGGUAGCUUACACCUCUGAGUGUUUCCCCUGCAAGCCUGGCACCUAUGCCGCCAAGCAGGGCUCCCCUUUCUGCAAGCUUUGUCCAGCCAACUCUUACUCAAACAAAGGAGAAACCUCAUGUCAUCCGUGUGAUGCUGACAAAUACUCAGAGAAAGGAUCUUCCACCUGCAAAGUGCGCCCAGCCUGCACAGACAAGGAUUACUUCUACACUCACACAGCCUGCGACGCUCAGGGAGAGACACAGCUCAUGUACAAAUGGGCCAUGCCAAAAAUCUGUGGUGAGGACCUGGAGGGAGCCGUGAAGCUGCCCGCCUCCGGCGUGAAGACCCGCUGCCCUCCCUGUAACCCAGGCUUCUUCAAGACCAACAACAGCACCUGUGAACCGUGCCCAUAUGGCUCGUACUCCAACGGUUCCGGUUGUACCCACUGCCCAGCAGGAACUGAGCCUGCCGUGGGAUUUGAGUAUAAAUGGUGGAACACAUUGCCCUCCAACAUGGAAACUACUGUUCUCAGUGGGAUCAACUUUGAAUACAAGGGCUUGACAGGCUGGGAGGUGGCUGGUGACCACAUUUAUACAGCUGUUGGAGCCUCAGACAAUGACUUCAUGAUUCUCACUCUGGUUGUGCCAGGAUUUAGACCUCCCCAGUCAGUGAUGGCAGACACAGAGAACAAAGAGGUGGCCAGGAUCACAUUUGUCUUCGAGACCAUCUGCUCUGUGAACUGUGAGCUGUACUUCAUGGUGGGCAUGAAUUCCAGGACCAAUACUCCAGUGGAGACGUGGAAAGGCACCAAAGGCAAACAGUCCUAUACCUACACCAUCGAGGAGAAUGCUACUGUGAGCUUCACAUGGGCCUUCCAGAGGACCACCCUUCACGAAACAGGCAGAAAGUAUACUAAUGAUGUUGCCAAGAUCUACUCAAUCAAUGUCACCAACGUCAUGGGGGGUGUGGCCUCCUACUGCCGUCCCUGUGCCCUAGAAGCCUCUGAUUUGGGCUCCUCCUGCACCUCUUGUCCUGCGGGCCAUUACAUCAACCGGGAUUCUGGGACCUGCCACCUCUGUCCCUCUAACACCAUCCUGAAAGCUCACCAGCCUUAUGGUGCACAGGCCUGUGUGCCCUGUGGUCCAGGGACCAAGAACAACAAGGUCCACUCUCUGUGCUACAAUGACUGCACCUUCUCCCGGAACACUCCCAGCAGGACUUUCAACUACAACUUCUCAGCUCUGGCAGGCACUGUCUCUCUGGCAGGCGCACCGAGCUUCACUUCAAAGGGGUUGAAGUAUUUUCAUCAUUUCACGCUGAGUCUCUGUGGAAACCAGGGAAAAAAGAUGUCUGUGUGCACAGACAAUGUCACUGACCUCCGGAUCCCUGAGGGCGAGGCCGGUUUCUCUAAGUCCGUCACAGCCUAUGUCUGCCAGGUGGUCAUCAUCCCCUCUGAGGUGAUGGGCUACAAGGCUGGGGUAUCCUCACAGCCAGUCAGUCUUGCUGACAGACUUGUUGGAGUGUCAAUAGACAUGGCUUUGGAAGGAAUCGUCUCCCCAGCUGAACUUUUUCACCCAGAGACCUCAGGGAUCCCGGACGUAGUCUUCUUUUUCAGAUCCAAUGAUGUGACUCAGUCCUGCAGCUCUGGAAGAUCAACCACCAUUCGUCUCAGAUGCAACCCCAUGAAACCUACCCCUGGUACCCUUCGGCUCCCCAGCAUGUGCUCUGAUGGGACCUGCGAUGGCUGUAACUUCCACUUCCUGUGGGAGAGUGUGGCCGCCUGUCCACUCUGCUCGGCCUCUGACUACCACACUUUUGUCAGCAGCUGUGUGGCUGGGAUCCAGAAGACUACUUACAUGUGGCGAGAACCAAAGUUGUGUUCUGGGGGCAUUUCCCUGCCUGAGCAGAGAGUCACCAUCUGCAAGACGAUCGAUUUCUGGUUGAAAGUGGGCAUCUCGGCUGGCACCUGCACCGCCAUCCUGCUCACUGUCCUGACCUGCUACUUCUGGAAGAAGAAUCAAAAGUUAGAAUACAAAUACUCCAAGCUGGUAAUGAAUGCUACUCUUAAAGACUGCGACCUGCCAGCAGCAGACAGCUGUGCCAUCAUGGAAGGGGAGGAUGUGGAAGACGACCUCAUCUUUACCAGCAAGAAGUCCCUCUUCGGGAAGAUCAAAUCCUUUACCUCCAAGCAGCCAGUUCCUGUCACCAUCUCUCUUUCAGAGGACUCCUGAUGGAUUUGACUCGGUGCCACUGAAGACGUCUUCAGGAGGCCCAGACAUGGACCUGUGAGAGGUGUUCAUCCUGCCUCGCCUGCCUCCUCACCUGGGCAUAUUACCCUGCAGGCCUGUGGCAAUUUAGGUGCCAGCAUCCUGCGCUCCCCACUGCUGGGAAUCUCUUCAUUGUGGCCUUAUCAGAAGUUUGGAUUUCAGACCCUUCUUUUUUAUAGAGUACCCAAACUUUUUUCUCUGCUUGCCUCAAACCUACCAAAUAUACCCACACUUCGUGUAUUGUU